AUGGCCAAGCCUCAGCCGUCUUGGUAUCUCGGUGGCCCCGAGGCGCCAUCCUCGCCGCGGACGAUGCGCACGCUGCGGAAGAUCCAGUCUCAUCAGGUCCUGACCAGCUCCAGCGCCCUUAUUGCCCAGACCCAGUCCUCCUACCCUUCGGGUGCUCGUGCUGUCGAUGGGUCGACAGCAGCACAACCGAGUGCUGCGAUACGUGCUCCAACCCGUCGGCCCCGAUCGAACAGUGACGCGACCACUCGUGAAGUCACACCGGCAGCACCAGCCCCGACGCAGAGGCGUCCUGCUCGCAAAACGGGCUCAGGGGUGGGAAUCAAGAGGUCUCUUCUAGAGAAUCUUGUGCGCGACGGGCCGCAGAAUGGAGACACACACGAGGCAUUGCAGGAAUUGAAAUACCUUGUCCUGUCAACCAGAGUAGACGCAGAUGGGGACGGCAUGUCCCCAUAUCGAGUCUAUCUAUGGUCGAUUCUUUUGAAUGUUUCACCCGUUCCCACUGAUGACUACCUCGCCCUCGUCCAUCGCGGUGGCUCCCCGGCUUACGCGAAGAUUCGCAACGAUACUUUCCGCACCCUCGCGACCGACCCUCUCUUCAAACGCCGUGUAACCGAAGCAAGUCUCAUCCGGCUACUCAAUGCGGUGGCAUGGAAGCUCCGGGACUCCAAAACAAGACCUCGGUCCCGGCCUUCUUCAUCGAGAAGACGUGAGAUGGAACUGCUGGUGAACACACCACCGAGCAUUCAAGAAGAGCCUGACCUAGAUGAUCGAGGUUCAGUGCACAGCACCGCUGUCAGUGAUUCGGCGAUUUAUGUGCAAGGCAUGAAUGUCCUCUGCGCACCCUUCUUGUAUGCGGCUCGUAGUGAAGUAGAAGCAUUCGCUCUCUUCCACUACUUUGUCACCAAAGAGUGCCCGGGCUAUAUUCGCGGGGCUAUGGAUGGAGUUCACAGAGGUCUCCGACUGGUCGAUCGGUGCUUGGAGAUCGUCGAACCCAAGCUUGCAGCUUACCUCUUUUCCAAGGGAAUGUAUGCCGAGCUCUAUGCUUUCCCAUCGGUCUUGACCCUAUGUGCCUGCACACCACCAUUGCCAGAGGUCCUGCAUCUGUGGGAUUUCCUUUUUGCGUAUGGCCCUCAUCUUAAUAUCCUGUGCAUUGUAGCUCAGUUGAUCCGUAUGCGGGAUACCCUCCUUGAGAGUCCGAGCCCUAACAAAAUCCUUCGGUCUUUGCCUCCUCUGGAUGCCAAGGAUAUCAUUGCUUUGACCGUUCUUCUCGUGCAAAAGAUCCCCAAUGAUCUCUACGCGGAGAUGAUCAAUCAUGCAAAGUAA